CCCGGGAGGAAGGGGAGGAGGCCGGGUGUUUCCUGGCGCAUUCCCGGCCCGCCCGAGUGACUCACUCAGCCUGGAAACUCCCAGGGCCCGUCCGGGACCCCCGAGCCGCCGCCGCCGCUGACCCAGGCCAGGAUGGCAGCCCAGGUGACACUGGAGGAUGCACUGUCCAAUGUGGAUCUCCUGGAAGAGCUGCCUUUGCCUGACCAGCAGCCCUGCAUUGAGCCCCCACCAUCCUCACUGCUCUACCAGCCAAAUUUCAACACUAAUUUUGAAGACAGAAAUGCAUUUGUCACUGGGAUUGCAAGAUACAUUGAACAAGCAACUGUCCAUUCUAGCAUGAAUGAAAUGCUGGAGGAGGGCCAAGAGUACGCGGUCAUGCUAUACACCUGGAGGAGCUGCUCUCGGGCCAUCCCACAGGUGAAAUGUAACGAGCAGCCUAAUAGAGUGGAAAUUUACGAGAAAACCGUAGAGGUCCUUGAGCCUGAAGUCACAAAACUGAUGAAUUUUAUGUACUUCCAGAGAAAUGCCAUUGAGCGUUUCUGUGGGGAGGUGAGGCGCCUGUGCCACGCGGAGAGAAGGAAGGAUUUUGUUUCUGAAGCCUAUUUGAUCACGCUGGGAAAGUUCAUCAACAUGUUUGCUGUGCUGGAUGAGUUAAAGAACAUGAAGUGCAGUGUGAAGAAUGACCACUCGGCAUAUAAGAGGGCUGCUCAGUUUUUACGUAAAAUGGCGGACCCACAGUCCAUCCAGGAAUCACAGAAUCUGUCCAUGUUCCUGGCCAACCACAAUAAGAUCACCCAAUCUUUACAGCAGCAGCUUGAAGUGAUUUCUGGCUACGAAGAGCUCCUCGCUGAUAUUGUGAAUCUGUGUGUGGAUUACUACGAGAAUAGGAUGUACCUGACACCCAGUGAGAAACACAUGCUUCUCAAAGUCAUGGGAUUUGGUCUAUACUUGAUGGAUGGGAGUGUCAGCAACAUCUAUAAACUUGAUGCCAAGAAAAGAAUAAACUUAUCCAAAAUUGAUAAGUACUUCAAGCAGCUCCAGGUUGUUCCACUGUUUGGGGACAUGCAAAUAGAACUGGCAAGAUACGUCAAGACCAGUGCCCACUAUGAGGAGAAUAAAUCUCGAUGGACAUGCACAUCAUCCAGCAGCAGCCCGCAGUAUAAUAUCUGUGAGCAGAUGAUCCAGAUCCGGGAGGACCACAUGCGCUUUAUCUCAGAGUUGGCACGCUACAGCAAUAGUGAGGUUGUCACAGGGUCGGGCCGCCAGGAGACUCAGAAAACAGAUACCGAGUACCGGAAACUCUUUGACCUGGCGCUUCAGGGCCUGCAGCUGCUGUCUCAGUGGAGUGCUCACGUGAUGGAAGUGUAUUCAUGGAAACUUGUGCACCCAACGGACAAGUACUCCAACAAGGACUGCCCAGACAAUGCUGAGGAGUAUGAGCGUGCCACCCGCUACAACUACACUAGUGAGGAGAAGUUCGCCCUGGUGGAGGUGAUUGCCAUGAUCAAAGGCCUGCAGGUGCUAAUGGGCAGGAUGGAGAGUGUGUUCAACCACGCCAUCCGGCACACCGUCUAUGCUGCGCUGCAGGACUUCUCCCAGGUUACCCUCCGGGAACCACUCAGGCAGGCCAUCAAGAAGAAGAAGAAUGUCAUCCAGAGUGUUCUGCAGGCCAUCAGGAAGACCGUGUGUGACUGGGAGACGGGGCACGAGCCCUUCAAUGACCCAGCCCUGCGGGGCGAGAAGGACCCCAAGAGUGGCUUCGACAUCAAAGUACCCCGGCGUGCCGUGGGACCCUCCAGCACACAGCUUUACAUGGUGAGAACCAUGCUAGAGUCCCUCAUUGCAGACAAAAGUGGUUCCAAGAAAACCUUGAGAAGUAGCCUUGAGGGGCCCACCAUAUUGGACAUAGAAAAAUUUCAUCGAGAGUCAUUCUUCUACACUCACUUGAUUAAUUUCAGUGAAACGCUGCAGCAGUGCUGUGACCUUUCACAGUUGUGGUUCCGAGAGUUCUUCCUGGAGCUGACAAUGGGCAGGAGGAUCCAGUUCCCCAUUGAGAUGUCCAUGCCCUGGAUCCUGACGGACCACAUCCUAGAGACCAAGGAGGCAUCCAUGAUGGAGUACGUCCUCUACUCCCUGGACCUGUACAAUGACAGCGCACACUAUGCCCUCACCAGGUUCAACAAGCAGUUUCUCUACGACGAAAUUGAAGCAGAGGUGAAUCUAUGCUUUGACCAAUUUGUUUAUAAACUGGCAGACCAGAUAUUUGCAUAUUAUAAGGUUAUGGCAGGAAGUUUGCUUCUUGAUAAACGUUUACGAUCAGAAUGCAAGAAUCAAGGGGCAACGAUCCAUCUCCCGCCAUCUAACCGCUAUGAGACACUGCUUAAGCAGAGGCAUGUGCAGCUCCUGGGCAGAUCCAUAGACCUUAAUCGCCUGAUUACUCAGCGUGUCUCAGCAGCCAUGUAUAAGUCUCUGGAACUGGCCAUUGGACGAUUUGAAAGUGAAGACCUGACAUCCAUAGUUGAGUUGGAUGGCCUCUUGGAAAUCAACCGCAUGACCCACAAGCUGCUAAACAGGUACCUGACACUGGACAGCUUUGACGCCAUGUUCCGGGAGGCCAACCACAAUGUAUCAGCGCCAUACGGGAGAAUCACCCUCCAUGUCUUCUGGGAACUCAAUUACGACUUCCUGCCCAACUACUGCUAUAAUGGCUCUACCAACCGAUUUGUUCGGACAGUAUUACCAUUUUCUCAGGAAUUUCAAAGAGAUAAACAGCCUAAUGCACAACCCCAGUAUUUACAUGGAUCAAAGGCUUUGAACUUGGCCUACUCUAGCAUUUAUGGCAGCUACCGAAACUUUGUGGGGCCUCCGCACUUUGAGGUCAUCUGCCGGCUGCUUGGCUACCAGGGCAUUGCAGUGGUCAUGGAGGAGCUGCUGAAGGUCGUGAAGAGCCUGCUGCAAGGCACAAUCCUGCAGUACGUGAAGACGCUGAUGGAGGUGAUGCCCAAGAUCUGCCGCCUGCCCCGUCAUGAAUAUGGCUCUCCUGGCAUCCUAGAGUUCUUCCACCACCAGCUGAAGGACAUUGUUGAGUAUGCGGAGCUGAAGACCGUGUGCUUCCAGAAUCUGCGGGAGGUGGGCAAUGCUGUCCUCUUCUGCCUGCUCAUCGAGCAGAGUCUGUCUUUAGAAGAAGUGUGUGACCUAUUGCAUGCAGCCCCAUUUCAGAACAUCUUGCCAAGAGUCCAUGUGAAAGAGGGAGAGAGACUUGAUGCCAAAAUGAAAAGACUAGAAUCAAAGUACGCCCCACUGCAUCUUGUCCCUCUGAUUGAAAGACUGGGGACCCCUCAGCAAAUUGCAAUAGCGAGAGAGGGGGACUUGCUGACAAAGGAACGUCUCUGCUGUGGCCUAUCUAUGUUUGAAGUCAUCCUGACUCGGAUCCGGACCUUUCUGGACGACCCUAUCUGGCGUGGGCCUUUGCCCAGCAAUGGAGUCAUGCAUGUGGAUGAGUGUGUUGAGUUUCACAGACUUUGGAGUGCCAUGCAGUUUGUCUACUGCAUUCCUGUGGGAACACACGAGUUUACAGUCGAGCAGUGCUUUGGCGACGGGCUCCACUGGGCUGGCUGUAUGAUCAUUGUACUUCUUGGGCAACAGCGGCGCUUCGCUGUCCUGGAUUUCUGCUACCAUCUACUUAAAGUCCAGAAACAUGAUGGCAAAGAUGAGAUUAUCAAAAAUGUGCCAUUGAAGAAAAUGGUGGAGAGAAUUCGCAAGUUCCAGAUCCUAAAUGAUGAGAUAAUUACUAUCUUGGACAAGUACUUGAAGUCUGGUGAUGGAGAAAGCACACCUGUGGAGCAUGUUCGCUGUUUUCAGCCACCUAUCCACCAGUCCCUGGCCAGCAGCUGAGGACAUGUACAUCAUGUUUUUGAAGAGUCCCAGUACUGACUGCAUUUAAUAACUCUAAGGGCAUGUUUUUCUUUCCAUAAACUAUUUAGUAAGAUUUUUAGUGACUAUUUUUCAGUAUCUCUGUGCCUGUUAAAGGGGGUACUUUUCAAUUUAAAAGCUUAAUUUUAUAAAAUUAUUUUUCUAGACUAAAAUUGUAUAUGCCUUUGGUAAUUAGAAAGUCUGAGAAUAUUAGCUGCUAAUUGUUGCCAUCAUGUUCUUACAGAAUUAUUUUGCAUUUUUCUAUGGAAUGUUCCAACAACUAGCUAUGUCAAAAUGCUGCUGAGUUCAUCCAUAUAUUCCUUAGCAAAGGAUCAGUAAUGUUUGGGGAAAGAUUUAUGGACUUAAGAAACUUAAUACCAGCUCAUUGUAAUAAAAUCCACUACCAAUUAGAAUUAAACUUAAUGCUUAUUUAGCUUUUGUUUAGGGAUUUUUCUGAUGGUCUUUUAUGAAUAACCUUUUCUAAGUCAUUGUUCCUUUUUUUGUGUCAGUGUUUCAGAAAAUAGUGAACUUGAUUCCUCUGCUUCUACUAAAUCCAGUUGUGACAGUCUAAUUUGUAAGGUAUGAUUUAAAGGUUACAGAAAUCAAACUAAUAAAACUUAAUUGUGUUCAUUCA